CUUAUCGUUAACCCUAAAUGCAACUACCCAUCAUCUCUCUCGAUCUUUUGCUAUUUUUUAUUUUUUUACAAGACAUGGCAGCAAAACGAAAUUUUGAUGAAUCAGGCUCAGACCCAGAUCAGCCAAAUGAAAAACGAGCUAGAACUAGACCUUCUUUUGCUUCAGUGAUUGGUGAAGCUGUUAUGGUGAAUUCCUUACAGAACUUCUGCAAGGCCUUAGAGCCAAUGCUUAGGAGAGUGGUGAAUGAAGAAUUGGAGAAUAGUCUAAGACGGUGUACACGCACGGUCACUCGCUCUCCUUCGUUGCGAAUCAAAGCACCUGAGCCAUCGCCAUCAAGCUACCAACUGGUCUUCAAGAAAAAACUUUCGCUUCCAAUAUUUACAGGAAGCAAAAUCGUCGAUCUUGAUACCAACACCCUUCAAAUCCAGCUAGUAGACGCAAUCGACGGUGUGAUGAUUCCGACAUCUCUCUCUCAUCCCUUCAAAGUAGAAGUCGUAGUUCUUGACGGAGAUUUCCCUUCAGACGGUCGGAACAGUUGGACUAGUGAAGAAUUUGACAGCAGUAUCCUGAAGGAAAGAACUGGCAAGAGGCCUUUACUCGCAGGAGAUUUCUUGACUGUCACCUUAAGAGAGGGAAUUGCACCAAUUGGAGAGAUCGAGUUUACUGAUAAUUCGAGCUGGGUGAGAAGCAGGAAGUUCAGGCUUGGUGCAAGAGUUGUUCUUGGUAGCUCUCAAGGUGUUCGGAUUCGUGAAGCAGUGACCGAUGCUUUUGUCGUCAAGGAUCACCGAGGCGAAUUGUACAAGAAGCAUUACCCCCCAAUGUUAAAAGAUGAAGUAUGGCGUCUUGAGAAGAUUGGAAAAGAUGGAGCUUUCCACAGAAAACUAUCUGCUGCUAACAUUCACACUGUCCAAGACUUCUUGAAAUUGUCCAUUGUCGACCCACCAAAGCUUAGGAAGAUUUUAGACAAUGGAAUGUCCGAGAAAAUGUGGGAGGUAACAAUGAAGCACGCAAGAACAUGCGAGAUGGGGAACAAACAUUAUAUUUUUCGAGGACAGAGUUGCACUGUCACCUUAAACCCUAUAUGUCAAGUUCUUAGUGCUACUAUAAAUGGGCAAACAUAUUCUACUAGAGAUCUUCCAAGCAUUAGGGGAUACAUUGAGAAUUUGGUGAGACAAGCUUAUGCGAAUUGGAGCUCCUUAGAAGUGGUUGUCGGAGUCCCAAAUGAGAUUUCUUUGCUCACACAAGGUGAGCAGCUAGUGGAUCAGUACCCUAAUCACCAUUAUCAAGCAAUGGUGAAAUCAUAUCACCAAAUUGAGUAUACAACUGAAAGAUAUUUUGAGGAUCAAACAAACGCUACAAAUGCACAUAUGGGAUACAUCAAUUGGCAGCAUGCUCCAUCGGUUAGUCCUGGCAUCCGCCGCUACAGUAUCUCCGAGUCAUCAUCGAACAGUAGUGAAUUGACUCCGAGGUCUUACAUCAAUUGAAGAUAAUUGAUGGUAGAUUAGAAUCAACUGAACUUGAUGUAAAUAGAAAACAAGAGGGCUAUAGCUUCUUAAUUUGGAUGUUGGCAUAUUGAAAUGUUUUGGCAAUGGCAUGGUGAAGAGCCACCAUUUGCUUUAUAAGAGUUUAGCUAUUAGUACAUCAUAUAAAUGUAGGGGGCUUUUGCAUCAACAGGUUGGCAUAAGUGGUGUAGUUUUACACUGGAUUAUGGGGUUUUAGCCUACUACGACAAGUCUUUUAACCCGUUGGUUUUUUAAUCCUCCUCUCUAUCAAAACCUGUUGAUUAAUGAUUUAAUAAAGUUUUUCUUUUCUCUUA